AAAAAAAAAUGAAGUUUUUUAUCAACAAUUGAAGCCGGAAUCUUUAUAUUGUGAACGUUUUGUUCUAGUGAAAAUAAGAUAAUUAGACGAUUAGUAAUUAAUUUUAGAAUAUUUAAGAUGUCUGAUGAAGUAGUGGUUGACGCUCUUCCAUAUAUUGAUCAGGGUUACGAUGAACCAGGAGUUCGAGAUGCGGCUUUACAAAUGGUUGAAGAAGAAACCAGACGAUUCAGACCUACAAAAAACUAUUUAGAACACUUGCCAGCUUUAAAAUUGAACGCUUUUGAGACUGAUAUAAUGCGUCACGAAUUUGAACGUAUACAGCAACGUUUACCAAUGGAAGUUCUCAGUAUGAAACGUUACGAAUUACCUACUCCACCACCGGGAAGAAUAGGUGAUUUGACAGCUUGGACAGAAUGUGUUGAUAACUCCUCAGCUCAAUUACAACAUCAGUCUGAAAGAAUACAUAAUUUGGAAUUACUUCACGAUUAUGGUACAGAGACUUGGAGAGCUAAUGUUGAAAUACUAUUGAAAGAUGUUAAUAUUGAGCAGAAUAGAUUACAGGAUAUGAGGAAACAAAUCCAGGAGGUGAACUGGAGUAGAAAGAAAAGUCAACUACAAGUAGGAGAAAAGCUGAAAGAAUCUGACACCAAAUGGGUCAGUUUAGUGGGUAAAAAUUACGAAAUCAAGCAAGCUAUCGCCGAACUGGAGAGACAAGUGUAUGAGAGAAAAUUGAUAAAACAGAGAUAUAACAGAUGAUCAAUGUGUAGCAUAAUUCAAGUUGUAAUAUAUUUAUUGAUAAGUUUCUUUUUUCAUUGUCGACGAAAUUACAUACAUUCAAAUAAAUAAUUGAUAUUGAUGUUUAA